AUGGCACCAAAAUACAUCAAGCGGGUGACGCUCUUCAAGAUCCCCAAAGAAGACGACACCGAAGCCGUGCUCGCGGAAUAUGAUAUUCUCAGAAAGACUGCUGAAAAGGAUGGCAAACCAUAUAUCGUCGCCAACGAAGCACGACGCAUCGAAAACGCCGCCGAAGAACGUGCUCAGGGCUACACGUUGAUCUCCAUCACGACAUUCAAGUCAAAGGAAGAUUACGACUACUACGACAAGCAGUGUGCUGCACAUGCCAAGCUACGGGAGUUCGCUACCUCUAGACGCACUGGAUUUGCGACCUUGCAAUUGGAGAGUGAUUUGGGUGUCGGCCCUUGA